UAUGAGAAAGAAAAACCAAAGAAUUGAUUUAGAAUUUGAAAAACCUUAAGUGAAAUUUAUUGAACAAUUUAGAAUGAGAGUAAAUGGAGGAAGCAAUAUAGAUGCUUAGGAUUAUAAAAUAGAAGAUAAAAUUUAAAAGAAAAUAAGAAAGAAUGAUGAUGAUCCACUUAUUGUAUAAUAAAGUGAUGAAGAUGAUAAUUAUGAUUUUUAAAAUGCAUAAGUUGUUGAUGGAAAUGGAAAUGAUGGUAAUCUUGAAUUCAAUUUGAAUAAAUUCAAACCUGAAUAUGUGGGAUCUAAAAAAUAAAAGAUAUAUGAUUAAAAAGAAAAAAAUAUUAAAUCUGUAAUAGGAAAAUAAGAAGAAGAAAAUAAUAGAUAAAAGAAAGAAGAGGAAUUAAAGAAAUAAUUUGCUAAAUUAUCAUAAACAUAGAAACCUACUUUAGCUAAGAAAUCAAAAAUAGAUGAAAUUGUUAAGAAGACUAAUAAACCAACAAUACUCUCUUUUGAUUAGGAUGAUUUUUGA